CAGUGUUUUUAAAAAAGCGGCGGUUGCUCCUCGGCCACCUUUUUGGUGAAUCCAUAGCAACAGUUUAUCUAUCGCAGUUACAACGCUAGGAUCCUGGUGUUUUUCUGUGAAGCACGGGGAUCAUGCAACACCAGCAGUAUGCAGAGGAGAGAGGUCUUCUGGGCUCGCUGUGUCCUGGGCAGAAGAAGCUGGAGGGGAAGACCUUCUACCUGGACAGUGUGAAGAAACGCUCGACCACCCUGCUGUUGGAGACCAUCUCUCUUCUAGGAGGGAGGAUCGAGAGUUUCCUGCACAAAGAUGUGAGCUUUGUUGUGACCGGAAGCCAAGAGUGCCUGAAGGACCAGAAGUGUACGGAUGGCAAAGCGGCAACAAAAGGGACAAGUGAAGAAGCCCAACGUCCUAUAAUGACCAGAGAGAUUAUCCUCAGCAAUGACAAACGACGACCAGGAACUCCUCGACCAGUGGCUUGUGGCAGCCGUGGGAAGGCCCUGCUUGAAAAAGCCAUUCGCAAUAAUGAAGGACUGCGGAGAAGCAGUGUGUUGGCCAAUGCCCGAUCAUGGGGAGUGAAGAUUUUGUACGUGGAUGAUAUCCUUUUAUAUUUGAAACAGUUGACCCGAGAGAGCUUCAGUGUGACACACAAGAGGCCCGAGAGGACUUACACCAAACAACAAGGUUCUCAUGUUGUCAAAGCUGCAGCUUUGAGGGCUCCCUAUCUUAAAAUUGAAGACUUGAGCAGGAAAUACAAGCCCUUGUACAUGCACUCUAUGGCCUUCCCCACUCUGUGGUACAAGGGCCGAUUUAGUCCCUUUGAAUCUCCUCCUCCUCAGUUGGCAAAAUGGACAGAGCAAGAAGAAAGUAAAAGGGAGAAGAAAAAAGUUGAAAGCAGCAUUCAGGACAAACCUCCAACGCCACUCAGCUGUAACCCUUCACCUUGGCGGCCGCGGAAAAAGGACCUGUCUUACUGUGAAUGCUGCCAUCAACCCUUCACUAAUCUGGAGGAGCACUUGCAGUCUGAUCAGCACCGUGCCUUUGUGCUGGAUCUCUCGAACUACAGUGCGAUGGACCAACUCGUGGCUGAAAUGCUUCCGGGAUUCGACCCCGAUCCACCUCAACAAUCAGAAGAAACGCUGAAUCGACCACCAACUCCCUUGCUCAUCCAAGAUGUCUGUGAACUGGAGCCUCUCACCGAUGUUGAGGCGGAGCAUGCUGUUCAAGCUCUGCAGAGACACGGUUCAUCAUUCAACGCUCACAUCUCCAGCCCUAAUGCGCGUCCUGUUUCCCAUGACCCAGCUAACCCAUCACCAGGAGUUCAGUUUCCCUUCCCAAAUCCAGCCACUCCACCUGCUGACAUCCAGCCUUUCAGCACAAACUCAGACUGCCAGAUCCUCCACAGCCAUCCUCGCGCUUCAAGCCCAGCCAUGCCUGUAUUGAACGUUGAACCCCGAGCCCACGACUCGGCUAGCCAGCAGCCUAAUACUCACCAUUUCUUCCCCUGCCCUGACACGCCAUGUCCAUCCCCUGACCCUUACUCCCUGCCUCCGGUCCUCAGCCCACAAGUUCCUUAUCCCUCCUGCAUUAUGGAGCCACACUGCCCGUACUCAGACCCUCCUGUUCUCAGUCCUCAGCCGACCACUGCAGAGGAGGCUGUGGGAGGACACGCUUAUGAAAUGGACACUGCAAAAAGUGUGUCUCAGUUUCUCCCAGCGGUCACAUUCCCGCGUUGUCCCUCUACGGCUUUAACAAAUACAGAAGGAGUAAAGGGAUCAAACCCAGACAAUCUUUCCACCAGUGGUUUGGCGUGCGCUACACUGUUUUCACGUAGAGCUCGUUCCCUCCCUCGACAGUCAGCAACGGCACCAAACCCCAAAAAGCGCUGCAGGUCAGCCAGCCCCCAACACAGCCGGAGAAAAAGGAGGAGGAUUACAGCGAAAUUUGACCACAGUGGAAGCUGGACUGAACACGGGGAUCAAUCUGCAAAACCAGAGGGCUGUUUAUUUACCAGGACUGUAUUAUCUGACAGGAGACCUUGUCAGAUAAUACAGUCCUGUCCUAAUACAAAGGUCUCUUCAACAUGCACUGUGGAAGCGAGUGAUUUAAAACAGACUUUCACCAUGUUUUGUGUUCCUACUGUACAUAACUUCACACAGACAUCAAAUCAAAUGGACAUUUUAGGUCACGGUAGCACUUCCGUUGCAGAUCAGCCAUCACGGCCACUCUCGAAAGCAACUUUUGAUCCUCCACUUCAGUCCCCGAAUGAUAAAUCUCUCAGCGCGUUUUCCAGCCAAGACUCUCAACGCUCGUUAUCCCACUCCACUUCGGUGUGCAUCGAGUCAGCCCUCAUCCCAGACUUAGCCGCACCGUCAUCAUCAGACUCUGACUGGGACUGUGACCUGCUGUCGCGGCUGGGACCGACCUCGACGACUACUCUGCUGCCCACCGAGCAGAACUGCGAGCUCGACAAGGAACUCCUCCACAGGCCGUGCGCCUGGAUGCACGACACCAGCUACGAGUCACGUCUGCACACUGUCCUUCAGCCGUCAACACCACCGACCUCACUGUGUGGGGAGGAAAUGGACCCCUCUGCUUUUUCCAGGACUGUGGUACAGGUUGUCGAGGUUCAGCACUGAUUGCUUCUUUUUCUUGAUUGUUUUAAAGAACUGGAAGAACCACUAGUAAGACUUUGACUUUGCAGCUGCAUAUCCAACCGCAGGAAACAAUGUGCAGCACUUAAGCGCUUCAAAAUAAGAAUAAAUAUUUAAAAAUUGGUGCAAAGUUUUGCUCCUUUUAGAGGUGAAUUUUUAUUUUUACUUUUAUUUUUUGUGGUAGUAGACAUUACUUAAUGGAUGCUGCUUCCUGUGAAUUUGAAGUGUCCAUUCUCAUUUUCCUCUCAACCCCCUAAUCCCCCUCGUGCACAGAACCCUCAGCAGCAUCCUGUACGUCUUGCUGACUUGGGUCUUUGAGCAGCUAUGUCCGGGAACACAUGGUGGUAUUGAGAAUUUAAUGAGGCUUUUCUGAAGGGGGGCAUUACUCAAUUACUGUAAGUGCUGCGUCUGGAUCAGAUCCCACUUGCGCCGAUGUUGGUCGACUCGCACACAACCUGUGAGACAGAAAACUGAUUAAUGUCAAAGGGCUUUUCCUGCCUUUUGAAGGUUGGCCAGCGGAUCGUCUUUGUCAAGGAGAGACGACCGCAGCUACAGGGAUGUUUAUCAUCUUCACAUGUAAUGUCACCUACCAUUAAAGACUUGUCAUUGCUCAUCACAACAGACAAAACUGCCAAAAUGUCCAGAAAAUUGCACCUUCUUCUGAAUAUCUUGCAUGGUCAUUUAAAACAGAUGCAGAGCGAAGCAGCACAUGAUUUCAGCUGUUCUGUGAAGUUAACUCU